AUGGCGGAUACGACUGUACCUGCUCGCCUGGAUACACUGGACAGAACUGUCAGCAAGGUUGUUGUCAGUGAUCCGGCCCACCACGUUGUCUGGAAGACUGUUCCAGAUGUCAACUGCAGUAUGUAUGAAGGUUCUGCCGGUGGCGUGAGUUCUAGAGACCGGCACAACAUAGAUGAGUGUGCCACAAACCCAUGCAAACAUCACGGACGCUGUGAGAACAAAGAUGGUGGAUACACAUGUAUCUGCUCAGCUGGGUGGACUGGACAGAACUGUCAGCAAGACAUAGAUGAGUGUGCCACAAACCCUUGCCAACAGGGACGCUGUGAGAACCAAGAUGGCGGAUACACAUGUACCUGCUCAUCUGGAUGGACUAGAAAGAACCGUCAGCAAGGUUGUCCGGACGGGUACGUUUACCAUCAACCUAGUCACCUGUGCUUCAAGGCCUUCAACUACAGGGCAACGUACAACAGUGCAGUCAGGAGGUGUUCUGUAGACGGGGGGACCCUUGCCAUGCCCCGGGACACUGCAACCAACAACUUCCUCAUCGAUCUGAAAAAUACCGUCGACAAGAACGCUGAGUUCCGUUUUGGACUGACUGAUCGCCACCAGGAGGGAGUUUGGAUGUGGGACGAUAACGUUCCUCUGGGCGACUUCAGAGCUUGGGGCCCAAAACAACCUGACAACUGGUAUAAGGCAAAGGGGGAGGAUUGUGCCGAGUACUUAUACGAAAGCUGGAGCUCGUCCCGAAAGAACAAAUGGAACGAUGGAAGAUGUACGUUCGCCGACAGGAAGUUCAUCUGCCAAGUUUCUCCAUCAGGCCAGCCCGGGGAAGGCAAGCUGAAAGUCCAGGGAUCAGGGCUGAAAGCCAUGGCUGGAGGCCUGGGUACAUACUAUACCAACUUCAAGAAAGGGGAAGGUAAGGAAUAG